GCAGAAGCCCCUGAGGGUGCGGGGCGCCGGUGCGGCUUCCGGGGCUAUGGCGGAGAAGCAGGGCCAAGACGAGGACCCGGGUCCCAACCCGUCGGUGCUGUUCCUGCACCCGGACUUGGGCGUAGGCGGCGCCGAGCGGCUGGUGCUGGACGCGGCGCUGGCGCUGCAGGCGCGCGGAUGCAGCGUGAAGAUCUGGACGGCGCACUACGACCCGGGCCACUGCUUCGCCGAGAGCCGCGAGCUGCCGGUGCGCUGCGCCGGGGACUGGCUGCCGCGCAGCCUGGGCUGGGGCGGCCGCGGCGCCGCCGUGUGCGCCUACCUGCGCAUGAUCUUCCUGGCGCUCUACGUGCUGUUCCUCGCCGACGUGGAGUUCGACGUGGUCGUGUGCGACCAGGUGUCUGCCUGUAUCCCAGUGUUCAAACUGGCCAGACGGCGCAAGAAGAUCCUCUUCUACUGUCACUUCCCGGAUCUGCUUCUCACCAGGAGAGAUUCUUUUCUUAAACGCCUGUACAGGGCCCCGAUUGACUGGGUAGAGGAAUACACCACGGGCAUGGCAGACUGCAUCGUGGUCAAUAGCCAAUUCACAGCUGCUGUUUUCAAGGAGACGUUCAAGUCCCUGUCUCACAUAAACCCCGAUGUCCUCUACCCAUCUCUGAAUGUCACCAGCUUUGACUCAGCUGUUCCUGAAAAGCUUGAUGACCUAGUCCCUGAGGGAAAACAAUUCCUGUUUCUCUCCAUCAACAGAUACGAAAGGAAGAAGAAUCUGACUCUGGCCCUGGAAGCCCUGGUACAGCUGCGUGGAAGAUUGACAUCCCAAGCUUGGGACAAGGUUCAUCUGAUCAUGGCAGGCGGUUAUGACGAGAGAGUCCUGGAGAACGUGGAACACUAUCAGGAAUUGAAGAAAGUGGUCCAGCUGUCUGACCUUGGCCAGUCCGUGACCUUCUUGCGGUCUUGCUCAGACAAACGGAAAAUCUCCCUGCUCCGAGGCUGCACGUGUGUGCUCUACACACCGAGCAACGAGCACUUUGGCCUCGUCCCUUUGGAGGCCAUGUACAUGCAGUGCCCGGUCAUCGCUGUUAAUUCAGGCGGGCCCUUGGAGUCUGUCAUCCACGGCGUCACAGGGUUUCUGUGUGAGCCAGACCCAGUGCACUUCUCAGAAGCAAUGGAAAAGUUCAUCCAUGAACCUUCCUUGAAAGCCACCAUGGGACUGGCUGGAAGAGCCAGAGUGAAGGAAAAAUUUUCCCCUGAGGCGUUUACAGAACAGCUCUACCAAUAUGUCACCAAACUGCUGGUAUAAUCAGAUUUUUUUUUAAGGCCUUUGUGCUACAUUCAUUAAUAUUUUUGUGGAUUGUAGACCGAGUUUUGAAACCAAAAAAAAAACCUAGAAUCUAGUGCAGAAGAGAUUUAAAAGAAAAAUACACUUGAAUCUUGAACCUGAGCCACCUUCCUAUAACCACACUCCCUGUCUACUUUUUCAGAAAAAUAGUGUCUUUUGUGCUGUAAUAAUUCUGAGUCUUACCAGUGUUGAUUAAAAUAUAAAUAUGGUACAAUUCCACAUUCAUCAGAAUAAUUAUAUUUUCUCUAGAUUAUUGUUGCUCUGCCUAUACCUUUUGAGUGAUAGCGUGCCUUAAUUGUUUUAAUAAUUUAAGUGUGUCAUCAGCAAGGUUGAUUAUUUGGCUUCACAAUGAGUACAGGGUCCCUGCAGUUCCCAGAAUCAAUCCACCUGCGUGUUCACUGUCCUCUGUUAGGAGAUUUUUGUUAGUUGUAACUUUGUCUGAAUCCAUAGCAAGAAUGAUCUGUAUGUUUUUACAAACAUGAUUUAUUGUGUUUUUGCACACUGAGACACAACAAUAAAAGAUGUUUAUCAUAGGAAGAGACAAAAUUUUAGAUUUUGGCCUCCAUGACCUAUUUUGGUAUUGUUAGGAACGUACACAGCCAAACCUGAAGUCAGAAACUAGAAUAAACUGAAUUUUGAAAUGUA